GGGCUCUUACAGAUGCACAUUGUAUAUUGAGGCUGCUGUGUAAUUUGAUUCUCAUAAUCCAAAGUCCAACUGUUGCAACAACAUGCACCAACUUCAACUGCGGAAAUAACUGGAAAGGAUUUCUCUGGAUAAGGGUUUAAAACUAAAGACUGCGUUCCAUCCAAAGAUGACUCCUCUCCCAUUCAGAGAUUGACCGGUUAAGGACACAGUAUGGCGAAGCGCGUGCUGGUAGCCUACGCCUUGUGGGCAGUAGGUGGACCUUUGGGCCUUCACCAUCUCUAUUUAGGAAGAGACAGUCAUGCCCUGCUGUGGAUGCUAACCCUUGGAGGGUUUGGGUUUGGCUGGUCCAGAGAGUUCCUACGAAUCCCUGCAUAUGUAAAAGAGGCAAAUCAAGAUGCAGAGAAAGAAAGAAAACCUCGCAACGCUCCCCCACCAGUCAGCCCUGUUAGAUUUGCUGGGCAGGUGUGUGUUGGGAUCUACUUCGGAACUGUGGCUCUCAUCGGUCUGAACUCCUUGAAUUUCUUUUACUUGAUUGUUCUGCCUUUAAGCGUGGGUGCCGGGGUUCAUCUGGUGUCCAACGUAGGUCAGCAAACAUCAGAUCUCACAAAAACUUUGACCGCUUGUCUCGUGACAUCACCGAUAUUCUAUGGCAGCAGCCUGUCUCCCCUUCCCAUCAGCUUAGCUGCUAGUAUCACAGCUACACAACAUCGUAGGUUCAAACCCCCGAGAACACCUGGAAGUCAAAAUAAUUUAGGUCCUCGACUUUAUAGGCUCAGUCUGGCCUGGCUAGCGUUCUCUGCUCCGCUGGGAUACUGUAUCUUUCACAAUACCACAGCCACACUGUACUACCUGUCCGACUCAAUAGCUGCUCUGCUGGAUAUUUUCUGGUUCCUGCCUGGGCUCAGAGGUGCGUUGGAGUACAUUCUUUUAAUACCAUACCGCAUCCUGUGCGUGCUUACCGGAGGGGGGUAUUACGAUGAGGCCUGGAAAAAGGUGCUGGAAAUAUUGUUGAGAGAGUACACAGAGAGAGAAAAGACGGCUCUGAAGGUGUUGUCGUUGGAGACAGAAGCAUCUCUUGAAGAGAUAAAUCGAAGUUAUAGGGAGAUGGCCAAAACAUGGCAUCCAGACCACAAUCCCAACAGGGAUGCUGAGAAAAUGUUCGUGAAGGUCCAGGAGGCUUACGAGGUCUUGCUGCGAUGGCACAAGCCCCAUCGCUUUACUUAGUGGGCCUGGCGCUACAUUUGUCAUAAAAAUUUAAGACAUAUUAUAACCCUGAUUACACAGAUAUGUGACACAUUGAUUUCUAAAUAAGUGAACAUGAACAUGAGCACUAGGCAGUGUUGUGGAUGACAACAAAAAGUUCUACUAAUGUUCUCAUGAUUUAAUGAGUUCGCUUGAGAAAUGUUGCCCUCUUGUGCCUAUAUUGUGGUAUUACAUUAAAAUUAUUAUUUAAAAAAAUCUUUUUUCUGAUUUAGGGCAAAAGUAGUUUCUUUGAAAAUGAGUCUUAACUGAAACAAUCAGCAAUGUAUUUUUUUAUUGAAACAUUUCAAAAAGAAAAAAAUAACUACUGUUAACAUGCUAAGUCUCCAUCUUCUUUGAUCUUUGGAUGCUGCUUCUGCUUUACAUUUUGCUAUCGGAUGGCGAUUUGCUAACUUUACAACAACAAUCCAAAGACUAAACUUUUAUAAUGUUCACACUCUUUGAUGGAAGAAAGAAAGAAACAAACAAUAAAGUAAGAAUGUUAUAAUAUAAUCAUGAAAAAUACAACACAAUAUUGUAUUAAAUAAACUGGUGACUUUUCAAUGCGCGAGGCCGAUGUUUAACUUCCUAAAAGACGCCCCAGUGAGGUUUUUAAGUGUCGCUACAAAUUUACAAUCUCAUUAAAGCUUUUAGGGAAAUCAAGUGAACCUUUAACGUCUCCACAACACUGAAUCAUUUGCGUUAUAAAUAUUUAAGAAAAUUGCCAUAAUUUACAAAAUUCCAACAUCUUCUGUUAAAACCAUUGAGCCUACAAAAACUGUUUUAAAAGCUUAAAGAAAGUGUAAUAUCAUAAAUAAUGUGCUUUGUUAGUGUGUUGUUAUCGUUAUUGCUCAGUCCGCUUUCUGUUUACAGAAACUAGUGUUGUUGAAAUUGUAAAAUAAGUACAAUUGUAAAACAAGUAAAAACAAAACUUCUGUUUGAUAAAUGUUGCUGUCCUGUGGCAAUUCAGUGGUACUAGAUGAUUUAUUUCUAACAUUUAGAUUAAAUAAAUUUUGCUUAAUAAAUAUUUAGUUUUGUCUUUGAUUUUUCAA